AAUGAAAUUAUUUAAAGCAUGAUGAAAGACCUCGAGACAGAGUGCACCUGCAGCGUGUGCCUGGAAUUCUUUGCAACGGGCGCCCGGGCUCCGCUCCUCCUCCCGACAUGUGGCCACACCUUUUGCCGGGCGUGCCUGACCAAGCUGCAGUCCACGAUCCCCUGGCACUGCCCUCUCUGCGGCUCUGCGUACACAAGCAAAUCGGUCUCGAAACUGCCCGUCAACUACCUGGCCCUUGGAGUGGCCUCAGCGCUGGAGAAGUGCUUGAAGGAGAAGAGUCAGGGAGAAUCUAAAGGUUCUACUGAUCAGACUCCUAGCUCUCUGAACGGAACGAAAGAUAAAUUAUAUUCAGUGAUUAAUCGUUCAGAGUCACCUGAGAGAUUGCAGUUCUCCUCGAUCUUUAAGUACGAUGUAUCAUUCGAGGAGCAUCGCUUGAAGGAGCAAACGAAAAGAUGCGUUGUAAAUAACUCGCUCUCUCCUUUUACUUCUCCCAACACCGGACUGUACUCUGUUUUUGCUGACGGGGACACAUCGGGACCAAGUUCUUCCUCUGCAUCAGCAAGUGCCUUGCCACGAUUUAGAUCAGGAGAAACAAAGUCAGCAACAAACAGCACUUUCAAAACCAAUCCUGUGAAGGACGAGGUUUCUGCAGCAAGACCCGAGUCCUCAGUCUCCAAGAAUACAUUUGAUCCACAGUCUCUUUCUAAGGUUGAUACAUCAGGAACAGGUUCUUCCGCUGCAUCUGGUAGUACCCUGUCACUAUUCAUAUCUGGAGAAAAGUCAGCUACAAACAGCGUGUUCCCAUUCGGUUCUGUGAAGGACGAGGUAACAGCAAAAGCUGAAUCCUCAGUCUCCAAGAAUAUAUUUGAACCUCAGUCUCUUUCUAAGGUUGACACGUCAAUAACAGGUCUUUCCUCUGCAUUUGCUAGUAGCCUAUCACCAUUCAUAUUUGUAGAAAGAAAGUCAGCUACAGACAGCACGUUCCCAGCCCGUUCUGUGAAGAACAAGGUAACAGCAAAAGCUGAGUCCUCAGUCUCUAAGAAUAUGUUUGAACAAUUGUCUCUUUCUAAUGGUAAGAAAUCAGGAACAGCUUCUUCCCCUGCAUCUGGUAGUGCCCUGUCACUAUUCACAACUGGAGAAACAAAGUCAGCAGUAAACAGCACAUUCCCAACCAAUUCUGUGAAGGACGAGGUUUCUGCAGCAAGACCUGAGUCCUCACUCUCCAAGAAUACGUUUGAACCACAGGCUCUUUCUAAGGUUGACACGUCAGGAACAGGUUCUUCCUCUGCAUCUGGUAGUACCCUGUCACUAUUCAUAUCUGGAGAAAAGAAGUCAGCUACAAAUAGCGCGUUCCCAGCUUGUUCUAUGAAGGAGGUAACAGCAAAAACACUUUCAAGAACAGGUUUUUCCUCUGCAUCUGCCAGCUGCCUAUCACCAUUCAUAUUUGGAGAAAGAAAGUCUACAGACAGCACGUUCCCAGCCUGUUCUGUGAAGGACGAGGUAACAGCAAAAGCUGAGUCCUCAGUCUCCAAGAAUAUAUUUGAACCACAGUCUCUUUCUAAGGCUGACACAUCAAUAACAGGUCCUUCCUCUGCAUCUACCAGCGGCCUAUCGCCAUUCACAUUUGGAGAUAGUAAGUCAGCUACAUGCAGUAUGUUCCCAGCCUGUUCUGUGAAGAACAAGGUAACAGCAAGACCUGAGUCCUCAGUCUCCAAGAAUAUGUUUGAACAACUGUCUCUUUCUAAUGGUAACAAAUCAGGAAUAGGUUCUUCCUCUGCCUCGGGUAGUGGUCUGUCACUAUUCACAACUGGAGAAAGGACGUCAGCUACAGACAGCACGUUCCCAACCAAUUCUGUGAAGGACGAGGUUUCUGCAGCAAAAACUGAGUCUUCAUUCAUCAAGAAUACAUUUGAACCUCAGUCUGUUUCUAAGGUUGACACGUCAACAAGAGAUCCUUCCUUUACAUCUGCCAGCGGCCUAUCACCAUUCACAUUUGGGGAAAGAAAGUCAGCUACAAACAGCGUGUUCCCAGCCUGUUCUGUGAAGGACGAGGUAACAGCAAAAGAUCUUUCUAAGGUUGACAAGUCAGGAACAGGUCCUUCCUCCGCAUCUGCUAGCAGCCUAUCACCAUUCACAUUUAGAGAAAGAAAGUCAGCUACAGACAGCUCGUUCCCAUCCUGUUCUGUUAAGGACGAGGUAACAGGAAAAACUGAGUCCUCAGUCUCCAAGAAUAUAUUUGAACCACCGUCUCUUUUUAAGCUUGACAUGUCAGGAACAGGUCCUUCCUCUGCAUCUACUAGCGGCCUAUCACCAUUCACAUUUGGAGAAAGAAAGUCAACUGCAGACAGCAUAUCCCCAGCCUGUUCUGUGAAAGACGAGGUAACAGCAAAAGCUGAGUCCUCAGUCUCCAAGAAUAUAAUUGAACCACCGUCUCUUUUUAAGCUUGACAUGUCAGGAACAGGUCCUUCCUCUGCAUCUGCCAGUGGCCUAUUACCAUUCACAUUUGGAGAAAGAAAGUCAGCUGCAGACAGCAUAUCCCCAGCUUGUUCUGUGAAAGACGAGGUAACAGCAAAAGCUGAGUCCUCAGUCUCCCAGAAUAUGUUUGAACAACUGUCUCUUUCUAAUGGUAACAAAUCAGGAAUAGGUUCUUCUGCAUCUGGUAAUGCCCGGUCACUAUUCACAACUGGAGAAAGGAAGUCAACUACAGACAGCAUGUUCCCAACCAAUUCUGUGAAGGACGAGGUUUCUGCAGCAAAAACUGAGUCUUCAUUCAUCAAGAAUACAUUUGAACCUCAGUCUGUUUGUAAGGUUGACACGUCAACAACAGAUCCUUCCUCUGCAUCUGGUAGCAGCCUAUCACCAUUCACAUUUAGAGAAAGAAAGUCAUCAACAGACAGCAUGUCCCCCGCCUGUUCUGUGAAGGACGAGGUAACAGCAAAAGCAGAGUCCUCAGUCUCCAAGAAUAAAUUUGAAGAAUUGCCUCUUUCUAAGGUUGACACAUCAGGAACAGGUUCUUCCUCUGCAUCUGGUAAUGCCCUGUCACUAUUCAGAUUUCGAGAAAGAAAGUCAGCUACAGACAGCACAUUCCCAACCAAUUCUGUGAAGGACGAGGUAACAGCAAAAGCUCUUUCUAAGGUUGACACGUCAAAAUCAGGUCCUUCCUUUGCAUCUGCCAGUGGCCUAUUCCUUUUCACAUCUGGAGAAAAGUCAGCUACAAACAGUGCAUUUCCAUUCGGUUCUGUGAAGGACGAGGUAACAGGAAAAGCUGAGUCCUCAGUCUCCAAGAAUAUACUUGAACCACAGUCUCUUUCUAAGGUUGACACAUCAGGAGCAGGUUCUUCCUCUGCAUCUGGUAAUGCCCUGUCACUAUUCAGAUUUCGAGAAAGAAAGUCAGCUACAGACAGCACGUUCCCAACCAAUUCUGUGAAGGACAAGGUUUCUGCAGCAAAAACUGAGUCUUCAUUCAUCAAGAAUACAUUUGAACCUCAGUCUAUUUCUAAGGUUGACACCUCAAAAACAGGUCCUUCCUUUGAAUCUGUCAGCGGCCUAUCACCAUUCACAUUUGGGGAAAGAAAGUCAGCUACAAACAGCGUGUUCCCAGCCUGUUCUGUGAAGGACGAAGUAACAACAAAAGAUCCUUCUAAGGUUGACAUGUCAGGAACAGGUCCUUCCUCCGCAUCUGCUAGCAGCCUAUCACCAUUCACAUUUAGAGAAGGAAAGUCAUCAACAGACAGCAUGUCCCCCGCCUGUUCUGUGAAGGACGAGGUAACAGCAAAAGCAGAGUCCUCAGUCUCCAAGAAUAAAUUUGAAGAAUUGCCUCUUUCUAAGGUUGACACACCAGGAACAGGUUCUUCCUCUGCAUCUGGUAAUGCCCUGUCACUAUUCAGAUUUCGAGAAAGAAAGUCAGCUACAGACAGCACGUUCCCAACCAAUUCUGUGAAGGACAAGGUUUCUGCAGCAAAAACUGAGUCUUCAUUCAUCGAGAAUACAUUUGAACCUCAGUCUUUUUCUAAGGUUGACACCUCAAAAACAGGUCCUUCCUUUGAAUCUGCCAGCGGCCUAUCACCAUUCACAUUUGGGGAAAGAAAGUCAGCUACAAACAGCGUGUUCCCAGCCUGUUCUGUGAAGGACGAAGUAACAACAAAAGAUCCUUCUAAGGUUGACAUGUCAGGAACAGGUCCUUCCUCCGCAUCUGCUAGCAGCCUAUCACCAUUCACAUUUAGAGAAAGAACGUCAGCUACAGACAGCACGUUCCCAUCCUGUUCUGUGAAAGACGAGGUAACAGCAAAAGCUGAGUCCUCAGUCUCCAAGAAUAUAUUUGAACAACUGUCUCUUUCUAAUGGUAACAAAUCAGGAAUAGGUUCUUCCUCUGCAUCUGGUAAUGCCCGGUCACUAUUCACAACUGGAGAAAGGAAGUCAACUACAGACAGCACGUUCCCAACCAAUUCUGUGAAGGACGAGGUUUCUGCAGUAAGAACUGAGUCCUUCCUCUGCAUCUGCCAGCGGCCUAUCACCAUUCACAUCUCAGUGAAGGACGAGGUAACAACAAAAGGUCUUUCUAAGGUUGACAUGUCAGGAACAGAUCCUUCCUCUGCAUCUGCCAGCGGCCUAUCACCUUUCACAUUUGGAGAAAGAAAGUCAGCUACAGACAGCACGUUCCCAACCAGCAAAAGCUCUUUCUAAGGUUGACACGUCAGGAACAUGUUCUUCCUCUGCAUUUGGUAAUGCCCUGUCACUAUUCACAUCUGGAGAAAAGAAAUUGGAUACAAAUAGUGCAUUCCCAAUCUGUUCUGUGGAGGACGAGGUAACAUUAGAA